AUGAAGUCUAUCGUGUGUAUAUCAACGUCACUGAAGGCAGCGUGUCAGCACGCAUCUGCCUGCCUUCCUCUGUACCGAGGUUUCGGCUUGUGCAGUUCAGCCGGACGGUGCGCAAACGUGGAUUUGGCCAGCAGAGCUGUCAUCGCGCAACAGCCGUGCGUCACGGAUCCGCGCUUUUUCCGGAGAGACGGAAAAACGCGUUGCGCCACGGCUCUGUUUCCCGGUCCUACGCCUGAGAGCAGAGACGCAGAACGGACGGCGCACCGCACCGAUUUACGCACGGCGCACAGAGCGACCUCACACCUCUCCCCGUACACCCCCUACGCCAAAACGCAGAGCAACGGGGCCCAGCUCGUAAACAUCCAGACCCUCUUUGAGGAGGACGUCAUUGCUGGCUUGUGCUCCAAAUUGGCCGGCUUCCCCAUUAAUGACAGAGCAGAGGGACUGGCCACUCUGCUGGGAGCCUGUGUGGAGUUUGGUUUGGAGGCCCACAGCCCUCCAGUCCUCAUCCUACUGAAAGAGAGCCUGGAGCUGCUCUCCAAUAGGGACAUCGGGGUGGAGCAGCUCUGCCACAUGGGGAAGGUGGCGUGCGCCCUGGAAGGCCGGCAGUGCCCGAUGGUGACCGAGGUCCUGACCUGUAUCGGCACGGCCGUGGAGGACGACCUGGUGUCCCCCGGCGAGGCCGUGGCCGUCUACUCCCUGCUGACCGUCCUGCACGACCCGGGCAGCCGGCAGCAGGCGCCGCUCCUGUCCGCCCUGCACAGGCAGACGCAACGGCUGGUCAACCGGCUGAGGGCCGGUCAAGUUAGCGAGGUCCUACAGUCCCUCCUGAGGUUACAGCAGAGACAGGCCAUAUCCCUGGUGCUGAGGCUGAGCAACAGGGCGUCUCGUGUCUUUAAAGCUUUCAGCGAUGAUGAGAUAAGAAAGGUACUCUCAGCGCUUAUGAUUCUGGGUCAGCAUGACGAAGAGCUGCUGGCAGCUAUGGAGAAACACUUACCAGAGAGGAUGGGACAGUUGGAUCCAGAGCUGAUCAGCAUCAUCAUGGCGUACUGUCUGCAAAUGAGGUGCCGCUCUGAGCCCAUCUUUGAGGCUGUGGCGGAGAACUUUGUGAGCAGUGCUGAGAGACACAGCAACGUUCAGAUAGCCAAACAGGUGGUCGCCAUGGGGAGACUCAGUUACCUGCCACAGUGCUCCGGGAGGAUGUUUCAAAAGCUGGAGAGCAUCUUGUCGGAAAGGUUUUCCCAGUUCCAGCCGCGCUCGCUCAUAGACAUGCUGCACGCGUGUGUGCACCUCGAGCGAUUCCCACUCAACUACAUAAACAAAGUGUUCAGCCCGUAUUUCCUGCAGAAGCUCCAAGCACAGGGGGAGCCGGUGGACAGGAACACUCUGGGACAACUGACGCAGCUCCAUCUCUCCACCUCACUGGAGUGCACAAACUACUGGGGUCCCAGAUUGCCCUUCUUCCUGCGGAUAAAGAAGUUUUCCUCUAUGGACCAAGCCUUUGAGACACCUAUGGAGAGUAUGUUGUACAAACAAGUCAGAGGUCCUCUUGAUGUACUUCUAGGGGGAAAGUUUUUCUCCACUAGAGUCCUUACCCCCCUUGGAUAUACCAUAGAUGUGGAAUUAUGCCUGGAUGAGAAUGGAUUCAUCCUUCCACUGUCUCAGUGGGAACAAACUCAUAAAAGAAUUGCACUGUGUUUGGAUGGUCAAAACCGUUUCUGUAGCAACACACAGCAUCUGCUGGGAAAGGAAGUCACAAAGAGGCGACACCUCCAAUGGAUGGGAUAUGAGCUGGUGCAGGUAGGCUUAUUAAAACUAAAAACCUGA